UUUUGCCCUCAGUCUAACAUAUCCACUGUUCUCUAUUUAUUAUUGUAACACACUUGCAGCAGUCUUCAUAAAACUUACUCAAUUAAGUCUGCUCAACACAAGAAGUAAAGUAACCUGCACAGGAAGAGGAAGACAUGAGCUGCAUAUUUAGAUUUAAUGUUGCUUGAUACUCUCAGUGAGAAAGACAGAAUGGAAGUCAUCGCACUCUGUGGUAGACUCUGGAUGUUGCUACUGAUUGCACAUGUGCAGAAAAGUUAUUCUGAGAUCUCUUAUUCACCUUUUUCUAUCAUUCCAUCCAGACUGCAGCUCUUUGAAUAUGAGUCAGUCUCUUUUACCUGUGAAGGGUUUAACAUUUCAGCAGGAUGGAAAGUAAGGAGCACUCAGCAAGUCCUUUCGAAAUGUUUCAACAGCCCUGUGACAAAGACUUGUGGGAUCAAAUAUGCUUUUGCUACAGAUAGUGGAAAAUACUGGUGUGAGAGUGGAGCAGAGAGAAGCAACACUGUCAGUAUCACUGUUUCAGCUGGUGCUGUGAUACUGGAGAGUCCUGUCCAUCCUGUGAUGGAGGGAGAUGCUGUUAUUCUGCACUGUAGAAACAAGACAGAGAAACAAGACUCGAAUUUCACAGCUGAUUUCUACAAAGAUAGCUUGCCCAUGGGUACCAGCUAUGAUGGAAAGUUAGAAAUCCAAAAUGCUUCAAAGUCUCAUGAAGGAUUCUAUAAAUGCAAAAUACAUGGAGUUGGGAAAUCACCAGAGAGCUGGCUGGCUAUCAGAAGGAAAUCCAAUGCAGAGGAUGUUGCAGGCGGCGCUGUGACCCUAAAGAAUUCUGCUGAUUCAGCGACUGAAGUAUUAUCUGUAUUUCCACUAUCUCAUAAAGAAAUUUCUUCAUCACACAUUUACUACACCCUGCUCUGGGUUGUUCUCGCUGCUGUGUUGGCUCUGCAAUUUCUGGUGUUGGGACUACUUUACUGGAAGAUGAAGCUAGUGUUAUUACAGAUCAAAAUGAAUGAUCAAAACAAAGAGCAGUGUGGUGUUGCCCCGAAUCUGAAGAGAGACACUGAAACUGCCGCUGAUAAUUUCAGCCUCGAGACAAACAAAGUCACAAACCCACAGACACAAAAAGAUAAAGGUGAACCCUCGUGUCACACAUUACACUCUACUUUCAUUGACAACAAUACUCUGCAGCCUCUAUAUGAUUCCGUAGAUUCAGGAGAAUGCAGCUUCAUGGUGCGAACUACUCUGUCAGAUCCACCUUUAACUCCUCAGGAAUGCCAAUAUUCUGCAAUUAAGUGGUGAAAUCAGUGAAAGGAGUGCCAGUUCAAUCAAGGAGAUUGUGCAACCCGUUUACCGUUCUGUUUUAUCUGCUAAGAUUGGGUCACAUUUCUUAAAUAUUCAUCUCAGUCUCCGUUUUCAGUCUGUGUAUAUUUGGAAUAAGACGAGUUGACUUAAAUGAGAGUAAAAAAAAAAAAAAUGCUUUACAUUUUUUUAGCUUGGAUGUGUUAUUGUCAUGGUCCCUGCGGAGGCAUAGAGUUUUGUGUGCGAGGGAUACCCUGUGAGGAGUGAGGGGAGCGGAGCGUGUGUGGACAUUUUGUAUUUCCCUGACCCUGUGGACCCCUGGAACCCUGGCAUCCCCCCCCCCCCCGUAUAUAUAGUGCACUCGGUGUGGAUUAAUAAAGAACUGUUUAACUGUAUCUCUCAGUGUGUGCCUGAGUCCGUCCUGCCUGCCUUGACAGUUAUAGUGAAAAUAUUGUGUUGUAAUGCAAACAAAUGAAAUUCAAAAAAAACGAUGCAAUAAUUAAUUAUCAUGUAGCCACAAGAUAAUUCGUUUGAUGUAAUGUAAAUAAAUGUGUA